AUGAAAUCGAACUACGGAGAUCCUGAAUUAAUAAGAUGGUUAAAUAAGGAAAUCAAACUUUAACCUGCUAUUCUAGACAUUGAGAAACAAUUUUAGAAUUGGUUUAAUUUUUAAGAAGUUCUCUAUAAAACAGGAAAUCCAAUUAAGAAAAUCUUAACAAAUAAAUUUGAUGAAUAUUCAACUUAAAAGAAUAUGAAGAUAGUUAAAAAGCACAUAAUAAAAUUAGUAGGAAUUGAACCUAAGGUUGAAAAAGGUUAAUCAUAAAUAGAAGAAUAUUUGAAAGCAAUAAAAUAGUAUAGUAAACCAAUAGCUGUUAAUUCAUUACUUACAAUUGCUCGUAAAGAGACAAAAGAUGUUUUAAAUGAAUUGACAAAAACAUUGAAAGUAACAGAUAAAAAACAAGUACAUUCAUUGGUGAAUAAGUAAAUAAUGAAACUGUUAUAUCAAUUUUUAGUUAUGAAGAGAAGUUUAUAAACUCAUUGCCAAAGAAAUUAAAGUCUAUUGAAGAUAAUUUACAUAGAUUUCGAGAUGAGAAACUUAUACAUGAGAUUCAAGCAGUGAGAUUAAAGUAAAAAGAUGAGGAAAAGGAGAAAUAAUGGUUGAUGUCACUUAGAGAUAAUGAAUUAGAAAAGAUAAGAGCAAAUCAUGAAUUUAUAAAAGAAUAAGAUAAAAAGAUAUAUGAGUUUUGGAAAUAUACCGAAACAGUUAAACAUAAUAGAAUUGAUAAAGAGAAAAAAUUAAAUGAUAUGAUGACAGGUAGAAUGAUGGCAGAAAUAAAUUAAAAGAAAAAAGAGGAUUAAAAAGCUAUGGAUAAUAAUAUUUAUUUGUUUUUGUAAACAUGUAUUAGAUAAGGAAUAGAAAUAGAAAAAGAUCCUUCUAAAAAACCAGUACCUGAAAAGGCUAAGUUUUCUGCAGUAGCAACUAUGAUGAAAAUAAGAGAGAGAACACAUAAAACAGAAGAAGCUAGAAAAGCAAGAUAAAAAAGAAGAAAUAAAAUGUUAGUGGAAUAAUUAAAAUAAUAAGAAUUAGUAGAGGCUAAAAAAAGAUUGGAUGAAUUAGUUGAUAAAUUUUCAGAAUAUGGAAAAAUUGCAAAUCAAGAGGCUGCUUUAAGAUAAAAAGAAAAAUUAAGAGGAAAACUAUAAUUUAAUGAAAGGAUAUUGAUGUGUGAAGUAUUGGAAGAAUAAAAAGAAAUGUUUUUUGAAUAAUUAAGAAAAGAAGCUAAAGCAAGAGAAUAAGAUGUUAGAUUAUAAAGAUAAAAAGAGUGGAGAAUACUUUAAGUUUAAUAUAUGGAAUAAAAUUAUAAUAGAAAAGUAUAAAAAAGAUAAAAACAUAUAUAAUAAAUGCAACCAUUAAUAUUGACAAUCUUAGAUUUAGCUGAUAAAUGUUAUUUAAAAAUGAAUGAGAAUGUUGAAUAAAAAGGAAAACCUUUAACAUUAGAUAAAAAAAUAUGGAAUAAAUUUAUUGAAGAAUGGUAAAAUGAAUUAUCACAGAUAAAACCACUUCAUGAUAAUAUAGCUGCUGCAAUUACUUAAGAUUUUGUUGAAUAUUAUCAUGCAGUUAAAGAUUGGAAAUCUACUUAAAAUGAUAGUUAAAUAAUGGCAAAUAUAUCAUUAGCUGAAUUUCUAUUUGAAAUUACUGAUGAAUUAUAUCCGAUGUAACCAUUAAAAGAAGGUAUCAAUUAUUAUUUACCUCUUAAAAUAUCAUUAAUUGGAGGUAAAUUUAGUGGUCGUAAAACUACUGCAAAAUAUUUAAAUUAAAAAUAUGGAUUGGAAAUUAUCGAUAUAGAAUCUAUUAUAAAAGAAUCAUUAAAGCUUGCAUUUCCUCCAAUAGAAGAUCCUAAGAAAAAGAAAGAUACAAAAAAAGUUAUUGAAGUACCUGUUAUAGAAAAUCCAGAAUUAAAAGAAUAUGGAUUAUAAAUUAAUGAAUAUAAAGAUUCAAUCAUACCAGAUGAAUUACUCUUGAAGGGAAUCUUAAUUAAAUUGAAUCAAACAUUUGGUUAAAGAACUCCUCUUUAGGUUGCAUAAGAAAUGAAAGAAGCCAAAGAAAUUUAAUUAAAAAAAGAUUAACAACCUAUUGUAGAAGAAGUUAAAAAGACCUCAAAAAAACCAGGUAAAAAAGAUGUACCAUAAAGUACUGGUCCAACUUAAGAAGAUUUAAUUAAAGAAUAUAUAAAUUCAAAAUAGUUCUAUUAUACUAAAGGUUGGGUUUUAAUUGGUUUUCCAGAAAAUUAUAACUAGGCUAAAAUGCUUGAAGAAUAAUUAACUGGAUUCAUUCCUUAUGAUGAAAGAUUGAAUUAAAUUGCAGAAGAAAAAAAAUAAAAAUUCUAAGAAUUAUUAGACAUUCCAACUUAAGAAGAAUCUAAUAAAAUUCAGUAAUCAGGAAUAGAUUUAAUUAUUAAUCUAGAUACUCCUUAUGAAUAAAGAAUUUAAAGAAUGUAAAAUAGAAGGAUUGAUCCACUUACUGAAAUAAUGUACAAUUUAGAAGAGAAUCCACCUCCUCCUGAGAUUAAACCUGAUAAACUCUUAAAGAUUGAAACUGAAACUGAAGAGUAAAUUUAUAUUUAAUAUUAGAAAAUUAUAAAAAGAAUUUUAAUAAUUUAAUGAAAAUUUGAGUAAACUUUAAGAAUGGUGCGAAUAAUUUGGAUUUGAAGAAGAUUUUAAAUUAUUGCAUCAUAUUAAGGUUUAAGGUAAAGGUUUUGAAGUUGCAAAAUAAAUAGAUAAUUUGAUUAAUAAAGUACUUACUCAUAAUUGUGAAUAUUUAAAUCAAAUUACUGAAGAAAUAUUAGCUUAAGAAUUAUUAUAAGAAUAAUAAUAAGAAUAAUAAUAAUAAAUAUAAAUAUCAGAAAAUCAAGAUUUGGAAAAAGUAGAAGAAUAAAAUACAGAAUAAUAAGCAUAACAAUUAUAAGAAAAAUAAAGUCUUCUUGAUGCUAAAUAAUCAACUGAGAGAGGUAGAUCUCAAUUAGCAUCAAGGUAAAAAGAUGCUUAAAGUGAAUUUUUAAAUUAAGAUUAAUUAAAAGGAAUUUUAAAAUAAUGGGAUGAAAUUUCUAAUACUUAUAUUAGAGAAAGUACAAUUUAUAUUAGAAGAAUGAGUCAUUAAAGAAAAAAAUGUUAAUAAAUAUUUUUAUAAACACAAAAAACAUUUAUUGAAUUCUUUGAGAGUCCAGAUAACAAACUAAAAAUAAUGCAUGAAUUUUAAUUAAACUAUAAUAAAUUCUUAUAAGAAAAUGAUGAUUUAUCCAAAUAAAAAAAUGCUAAGUAAUAGUUAAAAGAUCAUUUAUAAAAAACUUAUGAAUAAUUGUGGGAUAUACUAAAUCAUAAAAAGAAUUAAGCUUUAGAUUUUGUUAAAAAAUUAAAGAAGGAAAGAUUUGUUGCUAUUUAAAUAUAAUAAUUUAUGUAACAUGUACUUAUGCUUUUACAAACUGAAACCAAUCUAUUAACAGAAAUCUAAUUAUUAGGAAAACCUUGGAGCGAACAUUUUAUACUUGAGCCACCAUAAUCAUAAUUAAUAGAGGGUUAUAAAUUUCCUUAAUUGGAAGUACUUAUUUCAUACUAUAAUGAUUGUCUCGAUAAAAUCACUUAAGGAGAAGAAUCAUUAAUAAUUAAAAUAUAAAAAGAAAUUGCAUACAAAAGAGGUUAAAUUAUAAGAAGUGUGGCUUAUAGCAAAAUGACUGAAAUGUUAUUGAUGGAAGAUAUUCUCUAUUCAAGAAUAGAUGAUUGGAUUAUUUGUGGAAUUAAAAAGUAAUUAUAAUUAUUAAUUUAUAAGUGAAAACGAUUUUUGUUUUGAAUCAAUCAAUUAUUUAAAAUAAUAAAUUGAAAAUAGAUAAACAGCUAUACUAACAAUUCCUGAGCCCAGUCCUAUUUCAGAAGCCUUCAAAAUGGUUUAUAUGUAACAACAUUUAAUUCCUGAAUCUCAUAAGUGGAGAUAGGCUAUUUAAUUUUAUGAAGAAAUUAAAUCGCUUAGUGAUUCAGUUUGGAUUCCUUUAGAUAUUUAUGAAUCUUUUUAAAAAAGAAGAACUAAUUUCUUAUCCUUAUUUAAAUUAAAUAUCAAUAAAAUUGCUCAUUUAGGCUGUUAUCCAAAUGUUCGAUUUAGUUAUCAAACUUUACUCAUUACUAUCAUUUUAUAUGAAUGCAGAGUCCCAACAUAAGAAGAAAUUUAACAAUUAGUCAAUGAUAUUUAAUCUGUAGAACCUGAUGAUUAGAGGGAUUUUUGGAUAGAAGUAUUUCAAUUAUUUAUUAUUAUUUUAGUAUUAGUUUUGGUUUGAUGAUAACUUUAUAGAUUAAGAAUUUAAUCUAAAAAUUUAUGUCAAAAAUUUCUUAUUCAAUGUAUUACAAUCACAAGAUUUAGUAAUAAAAAUUAGAUUAUUUAGGCUGUUUCAGUAAAAGAAAAUUUUGGAUAUUUCAAAUAAUAUGAAAAUUAUCUAUUUUCAUCUAUUUUUGAUGAAGAAAUUAUAGAGGAAGAUAAAAAUUAAUAGCCAAAAUGA